AUGGCAAGCAGCAGCAGCAUCCCAGCCACCACCUUGGGCGAGAUCCGUGUUGCUCAGCGUGCGGACGGGCCGGCGGCGGUGCUGGCCAUCGGCACGGCGAACCCGCCCCACUGCGUGCUCCAGGAAGACUACCCCGACUACUACUUCAGCGUCACCAAGAGCGACCACCUCACCGACCUCAAGCGCACCUUUGCCAAACUAUGCGGGAUGACCGCCAUCGGCAGGCGUUUCUUCCACCACACGGACGAACUGCUCGCCACGCACCCGGGCUUGUUCCUCGACGCCCGGCUGGACGUCGUGGCUACCGCUGCCCCAGAGCUCGCUGCGUCGGCUGCGGCGAACGCCAUCGCCGAGUGGGGCCGUCCGGCGGGCGACAUCACCCAUCUCGUCGUCAGCACCAACGCGGGGUCGCAUGCGCCGGGCGCCGACGUCCGCUUGGUCUCCCUCCUCGGCCUCCGCCAUGAUGUCCUGCGCACUGUGCUCCAGCUCAACGGCUGCGCUUCCGGAUGCGCCGCCCUACGCCUAGCCAAAGACCUCGCCGAGAACAACCGCGGCGCGCGCGUCCUCGUGGCCUGCGUCGAGGAGGCGGACUCCUUCGACACCCUCAUCCCCCAGGGGCUCUUCGGUGACGGUGCAGGCGCCGUCAUCGUGGGUGCUGAACCCUACGUCCAUGAGCGCCCUCUGUUUGAGAUGGUGACAGCCUCCCAGUAUGUGAUACCAGACACCGAGCACAUGCUCACCAUGCAGCUCCGCAGCGGUGGCAUCGGCGGGACCAUUGCCACCGGACUGCCAAGACUGGCGGCGGGCAUCGUUGAGCAGUGCCUGCUGGAUGCGUUUGGUGACCGCCUAGCCGGCAUGGGAGGUGUUGUCGAAUGGAAUAACCUCUUCUGGGCCGUGCAUCCCGGCAGCAGUGCGAUGUUGGACCACAUCGUCGGGGCACUCCGGCUUGCUCCGGGGAAGCUGGCAGCGAGCAGAACCGUGGUGAGGGAGUACGGGAACAUGCUGGGCGCCACGGUGAUCUUCGUGCUCGAUGAGGUCAGGCGCCAAAGAGAAGAUCCUGAAGGAGAGGGAGCUGGCCAUGAUAAAGGCUGGGGGGUGAUGAUGGGAUUUGGACCGGGGUUCACUGUGGAGACGAUGCUGCUGCAUGCUGCUACCUAG